GGUUAAUGGAAUUUGGGCUCGGGCGGCACAGCACGCGGGGGCGCGCGUUGUGUGCAUGUGUGUGCAUCCCGCCGCCGCUGCUCGCGCCCCGCCUGACCGUGCCUUGGCAGGUAAGCGGCACGCCGGGCCAGGAGGUGCGCGGAGUGCGGUGUGCGUGCGUACGUAACUACGCGUACGCGAGGCUCCGCACUGUGCAGAGGCGGGCGGAACGGGCCUCGAGCGCCGGAGCGGGGGUAUGGAGGCUGCGCGCCGGAAGACGUACGGAGCUCAGUCUGCAAGGCUCUGUGGCGAAAGAAACGCGUCGCUCGCGUAGCCCGUGUGCAAACAUAGCGAGGGGCAGAGACUGAAUGGCGCGAAGGUGCCCCGUCGCGGCGCGCGCCCACGCUCGGGGACGGCGCUGUGAUCGGCGUGAAGGAGGGAGGGGCGGGAGUGGGAAAACGGGAUAGAAUGGAACAGAACGAUACACAAGCGGCGGCGGCGGAGGCGGGUAGCUGGGGGCGACGAACACUGUCCGCCAGGCCUGCGAACGGUCGCUGAGCGGGGGCCAACCUUAUUCCCCGCCGCUCCAGACGAUGCCGAGGGCUCCUGCGACGCCGUCGUCGACGGCCAGGGGUCUCGCGGGACUUCGACGGGCGAUGACGCACCUCCGCCGGGGCAAGGGAGAGGCAGGGCAGGCCCGGUUCCCGCGGAGGUAUCUGCAUGGGUCGCGGCGAGUCUGAACGCGAAGCGGGUUCCGUCGAAGAAUCGUGCCGGCCUCCGAAGAACCUGAGUAUGCGCGUGCUCCCAGGUUUCAUCGUGCAUCGGGUGAUGCACGCGAAUCGACGGUGAUGCGCUGCAGCACGAGACGAGCGGGUCGCCGCUAUGAUCGUCCACCCGCGAUCGAGACCGCGCCAUUGAAUGGGCCCAGCGUCGCGAUCCACAUCCAGGGCGAGAGAAGCACGCAUGGGGCGGGUAGGAACAAAGAACCGUUCGACGCUGACUGCGAAAUUAUCGCGGCGUCCGCUGCAGCCUUGGCCCGUUCGUUGCCCGCGCGAUCCUUGUAAAUGCUCGAGGACUUCACGACGGCGGGGACGUCGGGUGUGCGAUCG